AUGGCCCUCGGCGCCGACGCCUUGCGCAUGCGUGGGCACGUCUUCGUGCUCCUCAACGGGGCCAACGACGGGCUCUUUAUGGCCGCGCAUGACCUCUCGGACCUGGAAUUGAUGGCGCGAACCGCGGCGCUCGCGCUCGGUGCGGACGCCGACUGGGUUGCGCUCGGCCUGCGCUUGUACUCGCCGAUGGGGCACCCACUGCAUUCGGCUGCCGACGUCGACGUUGGUCGUAUCGUCCACGUCCUGCUCGAAUUCCAGUCGUGGGUCUGGCCCGGCAUUGCCAUUGGUCAUGUCUAUACGCUAUACGAAGACAAUAUGUCGAUGCACUUGACGACGCUCAGCCUCGCACCGCGCGUGUUUGAACUCUCGGACUUUGUGUCCCAAGACGAAGCAGACAGUAUCAUUGCCGAGGGCACGCCGCACUUGGCCGCGUCGCAAGUCGAUCUCGAUGGCCGCGACGGCAUCUCAACGCACCGGACCAGCCGAACGGGGUUUUUGCCCCCCAGCCGCCUCUCACGGCGUAUCCAAGCCCGGGCAGCCGCGAUUGCUCGUCUGCCCAGCCAAACGUACGCCGAGCAGCUGCAUCUCGUGCAGUAUACGCCCGGUACCUUCUACAAGCCGCAUUUGGACACGUUUGGUGGCAAGGCCAUCUUGGCCGACCCGGCGCCGGUGCCAGCCAUCGAUGCGUACGAAGCGUGGGUUGUCUGGGCUGCAGCGGCGCUCGAUGCACUCGUCGCCGAUGGCGUCGCCUUGCCGCCCGCCUAUUGUCCAAAUGACGGACCGUUAUACCCUCGCACGACCGAGGCUUUUGCCCACGCACUUCUCGAGGUUUUCUUCGCACAUGCAGUCGCUACCAACUACUUUGCAGCGCGAUAUGACCUGGCGUGGCAGGACUGGCUGCGACUCAACCUCGACGAGACCAUCCCUGGCACGCUCCAGGAGCUCCUAACUGUCCGACCCAACUAUUUGGAUGCGCUGAUCGAGGCAUGGUCCAACACGAUCAACCGCAUCGAACUCAUAUACACCGCCGCGCGUCGAGAGACCGCCGUCAACGGCCAAAGCCACUACUUUCGGUGGAUUCGAUGGCUCAAAGAAGCCAUUGCGGCUUGCGCCGACUGCCCCGCACUCGUCCAGCCGACCGGCGCGUGGUACCCCAAGUUUGACAAGCGUUUUCAGCAACAGCUCCUCGAGCUUUUCCUUCUCGACGCACCGCGCACGGCGCUCGAAGCGGCCACGAACGCAACGUUCAGUGCCUGGCUGCUGGCGACGUACUACGAGCAAGGGCUGGAAGAUGACCUUUUGCUGGACGCGCUCGCGUCCUUUGGCCCCACGCUUCUACCCAUUAUCAUUGACCGAUUUGAGCACCGCGUCCAAGACGUCCGGCUGCACUAUACGAUGCCGGCGCAGUUGCCGCGCCACGCCGUGUACCGUCCCCAGCGCUUCGCGACUGCAUUUGUGUACCUCAACGACGUCAAGGCCGGUGGGGCAACGGCCUUUCCGUUCGCCAAUGGCAGCGACGGCGGUGACGGCUGCCAUGGGCGCGGCCUCACCGUACCGCCGCGUGCCUUGCACGCCGCGUUCUUCUACUCGCAAACACCCGAGCAUGACAUUGAUGUGCUGAGUCGGCACGGCGGCUGCGCCCCUCGGCGCGGUAGUAUCAAGUUCGGGGCCAAUGCGUUUCUUUGGAAUAGCGACGCCGAGGAAGGCACGUCGCUAUGGCGUCAGUAG